AUGGCGGAUCUAAUUGAGAAGGCAGACGGAGAAAUUAGUGAUCGAUCGCAGGCUGAAGAUGUUGAUAGUAAAGCGAUGGAGUUAAAAAAUGGCGACUCAAGUUUAGAGAAGUUAUUUGAUUUAAUGCUAGAUAUCAAUGGUCGUUUGGAGCAUCAAGAGGAAGAAUUGAGAAGGUUGCGUGAUGUAGAUGAACUUUCCGAACCCGAGAGUAGGCGAUCGAUUGCUAGUCGAGGUUCUAAAGGGCCCAAAAUACAUACAGUGACUAGGGCCGCACCUGUAUCAAGACAAAAUAUGUCGUUUACUAAUCAAAAAGCCAAAGAAAUAGAGAAGGAAAAUCACCGUUUGCUUGCCGAAAUACAGCGAAAAAAACAAAAACCCAAAGUUAAAAAACCGCCAAAUCGUAAAGCAACUACAACGACGAGUACUUCAGCCACACAACCGGCUAGAGUAACGGCCUCAUUAGUCAAUAGGCGAAGAGAUGCUCAGAGAAUACAAUUUGAAAACUUGUUAUUGUUGAAGAGACUACAGAAGGCUAAACCUACAGAAACUAUUCGAAAAUCAACUAAUGUUACUAGAUCGAGACCUACCAGUGCAAAUAGGAAUACAAACAGGCAAAAGAAAAGAAGUAGUAGCGCAGAUGCCAGGCCCUCAAGGGAGGGGGCCAAUGCCGAUAGCAACAGCAGAUCAUCAUCAGCUAAGAGUAGUAAACCUACUAAACCUAAAAGCAAACCAGUCUGGGAAGCUGGAUGGUAA